AUGUUGACCAGGCUGUUCAGCGACACCAGUCUGAUUCCUGAGGUGCAGAAAUUUGCCUCCUGGACAGAUGAUUGUGAAGAGGAUAUCAGCGACAAGGACGAGAGAAGUGAGAAAAGCCUACAGGAGGUCCAUACAGAGGAAUCUUUGAGUGAAAGCAAGGAAGAUGGAGAUAUUGGUGGGGAAGACGAUGAGGAGGAAGAGGAGGAGGAAGGGACAGAGGAGAAUGAGGGGGACAGGCCCAAAAAACGAGGGCCAAAAAAGAGAAAGAUGACCAAGGCCAGGAUGGAGAGGUCAAAGGUGAGAAGGCAGAAGGCCAACGCACGAGAGAGGAAUCGCAUGCACGACCUCAACUCCGCACUGGACAAUCUCAGGAAGGUCGUUCCAUGCUACUCCAAGACCCAGAAGCUGUCCAAGAUUGAGACUCUCAGGCUUGCUAAGAACUACAUCUGGGCCCUUUCUGAGAUCUUAAGGUCUGGGAAAAGGCCUGAUCUAGUCGCCUAUGUGCAAACCUUGUGCAAGGGUCUCUCACAGCCUACCACCAACCUGGUGGCUGGCUGUCUGCAGCUAAACUCCAGGAAUUUUUUGACUGAGCAAGGUCAAGAUGCUGGGAGGUAUCAUGGUCCAAAUUCUUCAUUUGGCAUGCACCCUUACACUUAUCAGUGCUCCCGGCUUUCAGGCUCCCAGUGUCAGUCAAGCUCAAUAGCCAGCUCCCAUCCUCUGCGGAGCCACGGCUACUGUGCCACCUAUGAUUCCAUCUAUGGUAACACAUCUCCAGACUAUAACAGCUCUGAGUAUGAUGCCCCCUUAAGCCCACCACUGUGCGUUAAUGGCAACUUCUCCCUCAAACAGGACUCAUCCCCGGACAAUGAUAAAAACUACCACUACUCUAUGCACUAUUCUGGCCUGCCAGGCUCCAGGCCUUCCGGACACAGCCUGCUGUUUGGAUCUUCUGGGAUGCGCAGUGGAGUCCACUCUGAGAAUCUGUUGCCUUAUGAUAUGCACGUCCACCAUGAUAGGGCCCCCAUGUAUGAAGAACUCAAUGCGUUUUUCCAUAACUGA